AUGGGCCCUCAUGGUGGGACGCCAGAAGUGCGGCUGGUCCCCGAGUGGGGCCCAGGCAAGAAGAACAAAGAGGCCCCCUAUGCCUUGAUGGUGCUGUGGAAGGAUCCCAAGCCGCAGGCGUUUGGCUCGAGCCAGGACGCGCCGAUCCCGAUCCCUUGUUUUCCCUCCGUGGCCGCGGGGGCCGCAGCCGAUGGGUCGCACGCCGCGGCAGCGGCAGCCGAUGGGACACACGCCGCGGUAGCGGCGUAUAGGGCAGACCUCGAUGCAAUAGCGAUAACGCAGCCAUUCAAGCUCAACAGCAUCGUUCUGAAAUGGUUGUGGGACUCUCAUGAAGAGCCCCCAGGAUGUCCAAGCCCGCGGCGCGUGGACGUCGCAGACCAGGGCCCGCUGGACAUAGGCGUGCUCGAGCGCACUACGGGGAUGGCAGACUCGUUCAAGGCAGGCGAGACACAGCCAUGGUCAUGGCGACAGAUGCUGUCCGCCAUGACGCGCGACGCGAAGGACCGCAUUCUCGGGCGCGACCAGACAACGGGCGUCAUAUGGGCCACCUGCGAACCCGUAGGUGGGUCGCACGACCACAAGCGCUGGCGCGCCGCGCGGCAGGUGGGGAGGCCAUUCCCAGAGCAG